AUAAAUAGUGACCAAUUAUUGGUGGAUAAAAACUAUAUUAGUUUUCUUGUUCUUUCGUCUGAUACAAACUACAGAGCUUGGCUGCUCAAACCAAACCAACUUCUCUUCUCUCUUAUAAACGUUUCUUCCUCCUCUUUCACAUCAGGAACUCUUUCUGUAUCUUCUUGUUUCAUCUUCAACACGAAUAAAGAAUAGCUUCACCUUUGAUAAUCUCUGAAGAAAAUGGAUUGCGAGGUAUCAAGAACCAGGGAGAUAGUAGAAGAUUCAGAGCUGAUUGAUUUACCACCGGGUUUUAGAUUUCACCCAACAGAUGAAGAGCUCAUAAGCUACUAUCUGAAACCAAAGGUUCUAAACUCCUUAUUCUCCGCUGUAGCCAUUGGUGAAGUUGAUCUCAACAAGGUCGAGCCAUGGGACUUGCCAUGGAAGGCUAAGAUUGGUGAAAAAGAGUGGUACUUCUUCUGCGUAAGGGAUCGGAAAUAUCCCACCGGUUUAAGGACAAACCGGGCUACUAAGGCCGGUUACUGGAAAGCUACAGGCAAAGACAAAGAGAUCUUCAGAGAAAAAUCUCUUGUUGGUAUGAAGAAAACUUUGGUUUUCUACAAAGGAAGAGCUCCUAAAGGAGUGAAAACCAACUGGGUCAUGCACGAAUAUCGAUUAGAAGGCGAAUAUGCAAUUGAUAAUCUCCCUAAAACCGCUAAGAACGAAUGGGUUAUUAGUAGAGUUUUUCAGAAACAGGGAGAUGGUAAGAAGAUGCAUAUCUCCAGUUUAAGGAUGCUCGGCUCAGGGAUUAACCAAUUCAAACCGGUUGGUUUACCUCCACUGAUGGAUUCUUCUACAUACCUCAAGAGCAGAGGAGACACUUUCGCCGGGUCGUUGUCUCACGUGACCUGUUUCUCCGACCAAACAACCGAGGACAAGAGUCACUUCUCCGAGUCGAAAGAUGAAUGUAACUUUACCAUGAUUGGUUCUUCAUCGACUCACUUGAUACCGAACAUUGGUUCUAUGUUUCACCAUAAUCCUGUGUUUAUGCAAGAUAAUUCUUCGAUAUUGAAGAUGUUGCUUGACAGUGAAGAAACACAGUUUAAGAAGAAUCUUCAGGAUUUGGGUACAUCAGAUAACGAAUUGAUAGCCAGUUCUUGGAACGGUCACGAUAUUUCUGGUUCAACCGCUCCAGUUGAGGUCGCUUGCUUUUGGAAUUUCUGAAUUUGGAAAGUGGAACAUAUAGAAAAUUGGGGUAUCUAUCUUAUUAAAGUUGAAGUACAAUUUCGGUGUGUUUGGAAACAUGAAUUGCAGUUUAAAAAGGAAGUUUGAUUGGAAACAUGGAUAACAAUAUUAAAUGAGAAUUGUUUGGAAACAUGGAUAGCAGUAUAU